UGUCAUAUUUAUUUCUCACAGUCCCCAUUAGAGCUCUGUAACCGAGCUACAUGUUUUCUUCUUCCAUUCGUUUGAGUAAUCAUCAUCAUACAGAACCAGCCAUCUAUAUUGCUUAAUUUGGAUCCUUAUUAGCUGUAGAACUGUCAGACUCCAUCAAUAAGUAUUACUUGUGUGUUAAUUUUUACAUGUUUCUGAAUUUGAUUUUUCUUUUACAUAACACAGAUGUCAUCAGACGGUCCAAAUCAUAAUGAGUUUGAUUUUGAGUUCCUGGGGAACACUACAGGUGAACCUCACCUUGUCCAAACCAAUCUGCAUAUGAAUGGCGUAGGUAACAGGAAGCAGAGGGUGGACCUGUGGUUCGUCCCCACCAAGGACUCUUACACUAAUUCUUGCCAGGGGAACGAAUCUUGGAUGACUUUUACAUGCCCCUUGGGUCCCAUUCAGUUCUACAGAGAAACAUGUAUACUCUGUAAUGUCUCCUUCAAUCACCGUGGCUUAUCGCAAUACCAUACAUGUCAGACCCCACCCAGUUCCUUUAUGAUUCCAAUGACUCCUCUGGUUACAGGGAUUUAUGAUGGAUGAGACCCCAAUUAGAGUGCACACCAACUUGGAACACAAAGGAAUUCCCUUUCCAAAGGAUCAACCGAUGGGCGUGUCCAAUUCAAUAAUGCGGAUGACUGGGCUACACAAGUUGGGCGGGUGAAAACUGA